AAGGUAGGUAAUAAAAAGGGCCAGGGGCAACGGCCUGCACAUCAGAUAGAUAAGAUAAGAGUAAGGCACAGGUCUGAUUCAGGUACCUAAGGUAUCUACUCCGUCCUCCGAAGUCCGGCUUCACCGCAACAUCGAUGAUCGCUCACCUCCCGGGCAGGACGAACAAGAAACAAGUCCAUCUUCUCCACGCCGUGACGAGAAGAGAUAAAAUAGAAGAGAUGUCUGCCUCAGAAGCCAAAGUGCUUUCCAUAGGGCCUCUGCCCGAAAAUGAGGCGGCCUGGAUCAAACUCAGCAAAGUCACAUAUCGAGACCCAAACGGCCAGACGCGCACCUGGGAGUCGGCGGAGCGCCGCACCCGGCCCACGACAAGUGACGUCGACGGCGUCGGCAUCGUCGCCCUCCUCCACACACCCGCCGGCCCAGAGAUCAUCCUCCAGAAGCAGUACCGGCCCCCCAUUGACCGCAUCUCCAUCGAGGUGCCCGCCGGCCUGAUCGAUGCCGGCGAGACGGCCGAGCAGGCGGCCGUGCGAGAGCUGCGCGAGGAGACGGGCUAUGUUGGUGUCGUCACCGAGACAUCGCCCAUUAUGUUCAACGACCCCGGCUUCUGCAACACCAAUCUCCGUAUGAUCCACGUAUCCAUCGACCCGUCCCUCCCAGAAAACCAGAACCCCCAGCCCCAGCUGGAGGAAAACGAGUUCAUCGAGGUCUUCACCGCUCCCCUCGCCACCUUAUGGGAUGAGUGUAAGAAGCUCGAGGCCGAAGGGUACGCCAUUGAUGCUCGGGUCGGGACUUUGGCCGAGGGCGUCGAGUUUGCCAAGACGUUGAAGCUAUAGCGCUUGUGGGAAGAGGAAGGGAACACUUCCCAAUAUUUCUUUUCGUUAGAGCAAAGACCACAAACCAAACCUGCCCAUGGAUAUAGAGGUAACCAUAUAGAAGUCCCAUGUAGAACAUACCACCAUGUCCCGGAAUUGUCUGCCACACAGGGAUAGAAGAGGCAGUGUUUCGUGGUCGUGGCAGGGAGUAUUUUGGAAUUUCUAGAGGGAUUUUCUACCGCAGGCAGCUCAUAUCUUGCCCUCCCUCUUAAGACCCUCCCAUAGAGC